GGAGAAACAAUCUGGUAUAUAAAGAGUUUCCUUUCGCAUAUCUUUGAUAGUUUGUUCGAAGUGACUGUUUUAGGAAGAUCCGUUAUUUUCUAUGGUGGAAGAAUCUAAAGUGGGUCGGCUGUAUAUUUAUUUCGGUGUGUGAGUGUUUCGGUUGAGUUGAGCUCUACUUUUCUUAGCAGAUCUAGAGGUCUCUGGCGAAAAUCUUAAACUUUCCAAAAAUAAAAAGCCAUAACGUCAAGAGCAAGGACGAUAGUGAUGUUGUUCAUGGUCUUCAUGAAGGACAUAUUUGCUGUCAACUCGAGCAAACGAUUUCUGUGGAUGCGUACCAUGGCGGAUACGCAGUUGUUGUGUUGUUUCCUCCUCCUGAGUGCGUGUGUUGUUGCAACAAAUGGCCACCUCAACAGAUUCAAAGUGGCUCGUCACAGAGUGGGUACUUCAAAAUUCUCUCUGAAUCCAUUAAAGCCUUUCAUCAAUUUGAUGAGGCCCGAUCCAAUGAAGGCAGCCGCCCAAAGGCAUCAUCCAAAAUAUCUACCUCCACCCCCUGGCAUGUACCACCCUCCCAUGCACCAUCAUCCAGCCAGAGCAUCUUCUGUAGGCUAUGGGAUGCACCCAUACCGACCCUAUCCAUCGCAGUACACUCGUUACCUACCCCCUUCCACCAUGUCCCUUGUACCCCCCUUAUCAGCAGCACCUUCCACUCUCAUGUACUCCACUCUCAUGAAUGAUCAUCAUCAUCAUUCAUACAGACCUAUGGCAUCUGAUCUGCAGAUUAAGGCUGUGAGGAUACCUUCCAAAAAUCGCAGGCCGACAGCGGAUUCUUUGAACAUAGCGGACAGUGUCGUUCGCCAGUUGCUGGACUUCCCCCAUCAGCAGCAGCAACAACCGCUGGACCAGAAUUACCCGUCCGUUCUCGUCAUUGAAGACCCGGACGUGACGUCCUCCAGCGCUCAAACCGAAAUGGUGAGUGAUUCGUUGUCACAAUCCUCACCCAAACUGGUGAUAUCUCCACCCGUUCAUGCAGAUUUCGCAUCUGACUCGUCCGUGGACUCUUCCAGCAGCGCGUCCAACAACCCGGAAGUAUUCGUCAUCGUGUCAAAAAAUAAGAACAAAAAUAAUUAUUACGUGGAUGAGAAAAAAUCGUCCGAUAUGAUGACGUCUUCAGGUGGUUCCAAGUUAAAGAAAUAUAAAAUAACGUCGGCUUAUGACGAGAAUGGUGGACGACAGGUUUGGAUCAUAAAGUGAAAAAGUCUUUUUGGAUGUUUUAAAUAUGGAGUUGCUUGAUGCAAUUGUUUUAUAAGAAUCCCCUAUGGGUGAACAAACAUUCAGUACACUCCUGGUGAGAGGUGCUGCAAACAUGAGAGGUGCUGGUACAUUUCUACAAAAAGUUCAUUCACUAGAUAGGCCAACACAGCCAAAAAUAAAAAAAAUCUACAAAUGUUUAUGGAGUGAAAAUUAUAAGGAGAUGAAUAUAUUUAAAUCUGAACAUUAAUCUUUAUGGAGUAUAUUGGCAAACGACACAAGCAAAGUGAAGAGGACGCCAUACCAAGGGAGAAACUCAACGUCGACAAUUCUCUUUCACCUCCAUUACUAAUUUGAAAUUUAAAAGUAAGCUCAGGCAAUUCUAAAGUAAGCCAUGAAUUUUCAAUGGCUGAAAAAAUAAUUUCAAAAUGCAAGCAAAUGAUAGGAAGAGAAGUUUUCCUCGUCAUUUAUUUUCAUUUUCAGAAUUUUAAAAAUUUCUUUUCAAUGUUUGAAUCUUUCUUUAAGUUAGCCUGAACUCACUUUAUCUAUACUUUAAAUGAGUUAUUGAGGUAAACGAGAGCUUGCGACGAAACGUUACUACCGCGGUGUCCUCUUAAUAGUUUCGUUGGAGAAAUAAUUUCCUUUUUUAUACAAAAAAUGAAUUAGCAAGAAAAUUUUGGAACCAUAACUUAAAAUAGAUAUUUUUAAAGCAAUUUCAAAUUUAAAAAAUCUAAUUUUUUAAAAAUACUUUUAAAAAAAGAAAGAAAAUAGUUUAUAUAAGAUUUUUUUUGCUUAAGAAAUUUUUUGUGUAAUUCCCUUUCAUAGUUUUUGUUUAUGACAAUGUUGUAAAUUUAACAAGUUGAUAAAUUAUUGAACAUCAAGUAAUUAAGGAUCAUUAAUAAAACAAAUAAUUAAUAAGACAAUUCAAAGUGAAAGUUUUUCUUUUUUUUAAAAAUAAAAGUCAUAUUUUACUGAAUUACAAUGCAUAACAUAAGAAACUUUCUUUUAAUUAAAAUUUUUUACAGAAGAGAUAAUUCGAAAUAAUAAAUUAUAAUUUAAAU